AUGACGUCCCUCUCGAGUUCUCUGCGUCUGCGUCCUGCACGACCAUCAUUUGCAAAGUCCAUUGGCCCGAGAUAUCUUUGUUGUUUGACUCAUUUGCCUACCCAAGGCCGGCAUUCGGUCUCGAAUCAAAUUUGUCUCCGUGCCCCCACCACCCCCCACCAUCGAAACUUCCCCCGCCGCACUCGUUUCCUUUCCUCAAUCCCUUAUUCCGAUUCGAUCGAUAAAAUGCCUAAAGACAAGGUCUCAUUUACCCUCAAAACCCCCAAGGGGACUAAGGACUGGUCCGGCUCAGACGCCCUCCUCCGAGACCGCAUCUUCACCACCAUCGCCGACGUCUUCAAGCGCCACGGCGGAACCGCCCUCGAUACCCCCGUUUUUGAGCUGCGUGAGAUCUUGGCCGGCAAGUAUGGCGAGGACUCCAAGCUCAUCUACGACCUGCAGGACCAGGGUGGCGAGAUCUGCUCCCUGCGUUACGACCUGACAGUCCCCUUUGCGCGCUGGCUCGCGAUGAACCCGGACGUUCGCAGCAUCAAGCGCUACCACAUUGCUAAGGUGUACCGCCGGGAUCAGCCUGCCGUCAGCAAGGGCCGUAUGCGCGAGUUCUACCAAUGCGACUUCGAUAUUGCCGGUGCAUUCGACCCCAUGGUGCCCGAUGCCGAGGUGCUGCGCAUUGUCAGCGAAGUGUUUGAGGAGCUUGGCUGGAACGGCCGAUACACGAUCAAGAUCAACCACCGUAAGAUUCUGGAUGGUGUCUUUGCCGUGUGUGGUGUGCCAGAGGACAAGAUCCGGCCGAUCUCGAGCGCGGUCGAUAAGCUGGAUAAGAUGCCAUGGGCGGACGUACGCAAGGAAAUGGUCGACCAGAAGGGUCUGGACGGUGCUAUUGCGGACCGCAUUGAGACCUAUGUCAUGAACAAGGGUGGCCGUGAGCUCCUGAACAAGUUGCUGCAGGACGAGACUCUUACUGCCAACGCCUCCGCCAAGGCUGGUCUCGAUGAUAUGGCUCUGAUGAUGGACUACCUGGAGGCAUUUGGAGCGUUGGAUAAGAUCUCCUUCGAUAUGUCUCUGGCUCGUGGAUUAGAUUACUACACCGGAGUCAUCUACGAGGUUGUCACCGAGGGCUCUGCCCCCGCCAUUCAGUCCGACGCCCCGGAGGCGGAGAAGGUGCGGAAGUCCAACAAGAAGUCAAAGACCUCUGAUGAUGACGACCGGUCCAACGAUCCCACUCUCGGUGUGGGUAGUGUCGCCGCUGGUGGUCGUUACGAUAACCUAGUGGGCAUGUUCCUGCCCAAGGCUCAGAUUCCCUGUGUUGGUGUCUCCUUCGGAGUGGACCGUAUCUUCUCCAUUACCAAGGCCCGUCUCGAACGUGAGCAGAGCACUGAGGGUCUCCGUAAAAGCGAGGUUGAUGCCUACGUCAUGGCCUUCGGUGGUAAGGGAUUCACCGGCAUGCUCAAGGAGCGUAUGGAGGUCUGCCAGAAGCUGUGGAACGCUAACAUCAAGGCUGAGUUCUCCUACAAGUUGAAGCCCAAGCUUCCACAGCAAUUCAAGGCUGCCGAACAGGGUGACGUUCCCUUCGCCGUCAUUCUCGGUGAAGAAGAGCUGGCUGCUGGGAAGGUUCGCAUCAAGGAGAUGGGUCUCUCGGCUGAUCACCCGGAGAAGGAGGGUGUCGAAGUUGAGCUGGCCUCGUUGGUUGAGGAGCUUAAAGCGCGCCUAGCUAAAAAGCAAAGCGGCGCUGUCGACAAGUUGGCUGAGCAACUGCAGGCUACUCAGGUCUGA